AUCGGCUCUCUCUCACACGUCUCACAUGGGUUUUUCUGGGGUUACUCUGCCGUGGUUUCUCGCUCUGUCCUCGCUUUCCUUCCCAGUCGGUUACAAAACUUCGGCCGAAACGAUCCAAAUCGUAAUCGAACAUCCUUUGGGAAUUUUAAUUACGUUGUUAUUGUAAUUUGUAGCUGAGAAAUUACAUAUAAACGCAAUUGUGCUCUCAAUUGAAGAAGAAUAAGAGGAUGGAGGAGGAGAAGGACAAGAAGAAGAAAGCACAAGGAGAGGUCUAUCACGAGAGGCAGAGACUGCAAUUCUGUCUCUUACACUCCCUCAACAAUCUCCUUCAGGAAAAAGGUGCAUUCACUCGGGCACAUUUGAAUGCCAUUGCUGAAAAACUCAAUCAUGAUGAUCCAAACAAGGGAACUUGGACACCAGUUUCCGUUAUCUUCAAACCACAUCAUAAUGCACUUACUGGAAACUACGAUAUAAACGUUUUAAUUGCAGCGCUAGAAGAAAAAGGUAAAAAGGUAAUUUGGCACGACAAGCGUAGUGGAGCUUCUUCAAUUGACCUCGAUGAGCCUGUAGAUAAAUUAAUGGGUAUUGUGCUUAACGUCCCAGUUAGGAAGUAUGGUGGCCUUUGGAGAGGUAGGCAUUGGGUUACGUUGAAAAAGAUUGAAGGGGUUUGGUAUAAUUUGGACAGUGAUUUUUCUGCUCCUCACUCUUUUAAAGAUACUGAAGAAGUGAGGGAGUUCUUGGAUGCCAUCAUCGGUGGUGGUGCGGAAGUUUUGCUUGUCAUGAAUGAUAAGCGGUGAAAUUUCUUCUCCUUGAAUGGAAAUGCUGCGAUUGAAUUUCAAAGUGCAUAUGUUAAGCUCUUCUAGUUACUGCCCCGCCCUAGAUCAAGAGGGAGUUUCUUUUGUUUGUUCUCUAUCCAUAGUGAUGGAUCUCUGUUUCCAUUUGGGCUUUUUGUGGCUGUUCCUUGGAUGAUUUCUUCAGUUGAAAUUCCAUUUGUGAGGACAUCUUUUGAUUCAAUAUGUGGAUUCUGAUGAUUCAUUUUCAGGGUUUUAAUUGGAUCAGAGUUGAACAAAGCAUGUAGAUAUCUGAAGAAAAAAGAGAGCAUUGUACAUACCAUCAAUGGAUGGUCAUGGAUACUGAUUUUGAGCUGUUAGACAAAAGCUUGAUUUUGGUGUA